GCAGGAAUUUCUUCGAUGUUUCUCCUGAAUUUUAAUGUUAAGAGUCUUUAGAAGUAAUCUUGAGAUAAGUUGCCUCCAAUUGGUUUCCAAAUCUAUUUGAAGAGAAUUCAGAUCAAGUCGGAUCUGCAUUAACCAUUACCCCGCACUAUACCUAUUGGGCGAGAAUGUAACCGUGUUGACAGUUAUUUACGUCUAUCUUCAGCGUCAUUUGCUUAAUCAAUCAUGCACCCUAUACUGACGAGAGACAGACGCGCGUCAUUUUCUACCAAUAAAAACCAAGGAGGAAUAAGCAUAUGCUAAAUUAAGUUUACCGGAGAGUACUUUUUGCGGUUCUCUUUAGUCUUCGAAAACUCAAAUCAAUUGACAUCUGGCCAAAACUUCGUAAAUAAUUUUCCGAAAUUUAUUUCAAUUAGCUGUAUCAAGCUUCUUUGUUAAUCAUUAAUAGUAAACGCUCCCAAAAUUUCAGUAUAUUUUCAGUAAUAUUUUGAUUCACUGGUCUGACACAUUCAUUUUUAUUAGAAUUUUCUGGAUUUCCCCUGUGUUUCAAAUAUUCUACCAUCCGCUCUAGCGAACAUUCUUCAGAAAAAAUUCAUUCAUUAUUAUUUCAUUUCUGCUGCAAACUCAUUCAGGUCAAAUCCACUUUGAACUACUGCUAAGUCUUCGAAGUGUUCGGAAUUUGAAGAUAUCAAAGAUUCUCGCAACAUCUUGAAGAUUGUCGAAAUAUCUCGAAGUUCAGCGACAAUCUUGACGAUUCUGGAAAUAUUCUGAAGAUUGUUGCACGUCUGAAGAAUCAGAUACGAUUUUGAGGAACAUUCCUGAAAAAUCUUGACGCUUCUGGAAACAUCUGGAAGAUUUUGGAACGCUCCUGAGAUGCAUUACAACUUGAUCAUAUUCCUAAGUGGGGCGUUUGUUGUUUUGCUGGUGUUCACGAUCGGUCAACAGAUCAGGAUGUUCCUGGAGAAACAGAACAACCCAGUGUCUUCCAUCAACGUCAUCUACAACCCGGAAGGACACCAUGAGAGCUCAGUGGCUAUGAUGACGGCCAUGAUUCUGUCUCAGAGGAACAACAGUAGAAUAGCAAUGGACUUCACAGAGUACCACAUCACAGACAAGUGUCUCUGUCUCAAUCGCACCAGACAAGUGUCUAGUGGCUAUGUGAACUGCACUAACCUGCUCACUUUAAACCACAACAGCUCUGUAAUUGGAUCCAAUACUCUUCUGUGGGAGACCCCGGUGUGGCAGAACCAGACAGAGGCCAUCUUCUGCGACCACCCGAAGGAUAAGCCAGUCGUGUUCAUCCUCAUUGUUCUCAACCAGACAUUCACUCGCGUCAAACAACUGUGGGACAGAAGUACGCAGGAUGAACGACUGAUGUUCGUGGACGAUUCGUUUGAGCACAACAUGCACACGUGGGUGCACUGCAAUUUCUAUAACAAACUCAGACUCAGUCGGGUGGAGUACUACGAAGAACACAAGCCACAGAAGAUCCAAAUCAGCGUCGAUACGAGUACAGCGGAGAACGUGAUCAGAGGUCAGACUCGGAUGCUGAUGGAGUGGCGAGAGAGCUUCGUGAACAGGAUCGACAGGUUCCGGGAGCAGAGCAUCUGGUCAUUCGCACUUCUUCUCUGCUCAGUCAUUCUAGGUUUGGAAAGAUGUUACGCAAUCAUGACGAGAGCCAAGGUGCAGAGGGAGAAAAUGAGGAAGAAGAGUCUGGCCGUUGGACUAGAGGAUGUUCACGCUAAAAUGGACGUCUAAAAAGGGGUGUUAGCUUGCAAUAAACAGGUGUGAUUAUUCGCACUAAAGCCUUAAACUCGGGUAAAAAGUUGAAGAAAUGCAAAAAAAAAUAUUACUGUUAG